CGGUGGUUUGGUUUAUGAGCCCCUGAACUCCAUUGAGAGACUAAAAAUAUAAAAAUUUGAUAAAGCUGUUCAUUUAGAUUCAAUAAGAAUUCUUUAUCAUUUCUGCAUGUCUGAAACAAAAGGUUUACUCUAAAUUACUCCAUAUUUAUUUCUAAUGGAUUUGCUUUCCUUUGCUCUUGAACUAAAGGAGAAAGGAUUAUUUUGAGAUGAUGAGGUUAGUUUUCAGAUCCUUUUUUGCUCCCUCAUUUGUAGUGUUAGUUAUUUUCAAUCAAGGAUGCGUUUGGAGGAGAGAUUUGACGUUGCUAGGAGCAUAGCGGAAGCGUGUAUCUAGGAAGAAGAGUUAAAGAAUCUAUGGGCGAAUAAGCCUCAACCAAUAUCUCCUACUUAUAUCUCCUACUUAUAUAAAGAGUCACAUGGACGGCCGUCUCAAAUUUCUGCCCAUUUUCGAUUAAGUGAGGCUUCCGUCUGUCAAUUCCCCCUUCCCCAUUUUGAACUUGAAACUCAUCUUCCUCUGAUUCGAUGCCUAUCCUCCAGACCCUCCACCCAUUGUUUCGCCGUCAGCCUCACUAUUCCGUGCUCUCUGUGGUUCUCCUUCAUCCGGGCCUGUGCGUAUUGUUUUGGUUUAUCGGCAGACUUGUGGUUGUUCAUUUCAUCCCUAUCUUUUUCGUACGAACAAUUGUAGACUCAAGGUCAUUCUCGUUUUCUCUCCCAUUUUUACAUUUAGGAUCUCAUCUUUACAUUCAAGACCACUCACUCACUCCUUUGUUGGUAGGUGUUUAAGCAAGAAACUAACAAUUUCUCCAAACAAUUAAGAAUAAAGUAACUAGGCUUCGCACAAGAGAUUACACAAGUAUUGUGCUAGAAUCCGGGUAUGAAAGCUUUUAGAAUACGAAUGAGUUUCGUUAGUAAUGGAGUAAGCAAUUCGAGUAGUAAUUGAUCAAUGAAUCAGAUCCCUUUCUAUUUACAACGUAUCCUAUUUAAAUUGGCCUUCUCCUCUCUUAUCAGCUCCUUAACUGCCCGUCGAAAUAGGCGGCACUAUAUUUGAACGUGUCAAGUCGUUUCUUUUGCUCCAAGUACGAUUCGCUCUUAUCCUGGCCGAACUGGACUCUUCUUGCUGGACUUCGUCUAUACUGCUUGGAGAAUGGGCCGCAUGUCUUAACUCAUAAAUCCACUGCUGGGCCCCUUCAUUUGACGGAAAUUUCCUGGCCCAACAAUUGCCCCCAAUUCGAUGAAGUAAUUGGCGCUGAGAGAAACGAACCGUCUGCCCAAUUGCUACUUCGAAUUUGAAACCAAACCGUCUUGGAAGUUGUGUAGCCGACUACUUUCUCAUACUCAUAAUUACCUCCACCGAAUUACUCGCCAUAUUCCUCUUCCUUCUUCGAAACCCUUCCUCCUUCUUUCCUCUGCAACCAUCCCGUCAGCUCCCAUGGCUUCCCCAGGCUUCGUUCCGCAGCACAUCCUCGAACCCAAAAGUGCCAAACAAGCAAAACUUACUGAGGAGCAAGUAGAACUUAUUCAGACUUCUGCUGGCUUUCCCCCCACUGCGACUAUCCGUUUUCCGGCGGCGAACGAGCGUAUGGACUGGUUCUGCCCUGGUUGGGUGAAUUUCCUGUACUACCCCUUCAAGAUUGGGAUGAAAUUUCCCUUCUCUCCCCUAACCCGGGGCUUCUUGGAGUUUGUGAACCUAUCGCCCUCUCAGAUUAUGCCUCAGGUGUGGAGGAUUCUUCGUGCACUGGAGGUUGUGAGCGAAAAGUACGGUAUUCCCUUCGAGUUCGAGGACUUGGGCUUCACCUAUGAACUCCGAACUUCAGGGCCUGGCAGGUUCACCCUGGCGAUGAAAGAUAGGAAACCGAGGCUCAUUCACAAGGUCGACAAGGCAAAUGACAGGGGCUGGAUGCAUUGGUAUUUUUUUGUUCUCAAAGACUCGCUUGGCAGCGAAGGGUCCUUUCUUGAAGAUAACCUGCACAAAGAAAAGAAAACAAUAUCCAUCCCUCACGGACCAAAGUCGGAGGAGCGAACAGCCCAAAUUCAAGUUAUCCCUGUGGAAGAACGUUGGUUUGCAAACCUGGUCGCUGAAUCUCCAGGCUCGUCUGUAGUCUCUCUUGACGACUCAGAUCAGGAAUCAGACACCUCGAAAACUGGUGCUGGUGAGAAUGCAGACAUCUAUACCCCAAUGCAGGUCGUCUUUCCUGUGGGUGAUAAUCCUCAGAUGGUUCCAAAGAAGUGUCCCCUUCCAGCUACUGCUGCCGCAUCUUCGUCUAGCUCUCGUUUGGUUCCCUCUGCUCAUGAACUGCUUGCUCUGGCCUCUAGGAAGAAAAGAGUCUCUCCUCGACUAGCUUCCACUCCCCAGAAGUUUCCCAAGUUAGCUGUUGCUGCUGAAACCAAACCAAACGUACCGCGCCCUCACGAGGUCAAAGCAGUUCUGACCUCCAAGCCAUUGGAUGUAAAGGUGUCACUUUCCCCUGACUUUUGCAGUUUACAAGACGUGUCCCUGAUGAGGGGAGAAAUGCACAAGCUCAUGCUUCCUUCCUCUCCAGACGUCUUCAAAUGCCUGCCUCCCGCUGGACUACUGUCUGCAUCUUCGGCCUACGCUUUUCAGAGCUUACAAGCGAGUUUGGUUGCUGCUGAGAGAGUGGCUUCGCUGGAGAAGGCUCUCGACGAAUCCAGGCAUAAGGAGUCGACUGCUCGCUCCUUAGCAGAAGAAAAUGCAAAACUGGUCCAGGACUUGCAAAAGGAGGUGUCAGCUCAAUCUGCUCAAAUCUCAAGGCUCGUCGACAGGAUCAAAGCGCUGGAGGCUUAUGGUCGGAAGAAAAAACAGGAAGUCACUGACGCGGCUUGCUACUAUGUUUGGCAAACGAGGGGAGAACUUAUGGCUUCCUUUCUUGCGGGUGAGUCGUCUGGCUGGAAUGCUGAGGAGGAUAUUGCGACUUGGAAAAAGGUUCAAGAGGACAUGGAUCCUCCCAUUGCUGAAGACGGCUUCGACGUAGGACAAUCUGAUGGCGAGGCUGACUCCCAACAUGCUUAGGUUGUUCUGUACUCUUUAGCAUUUUUGCCAAAACAUCUCUGAUCUUGUUCCCGGUAUUCUGGUGGUUUAUCCAGGAUGGGAUGUACUCUUGACUCUUUAUGCCUGUGCACUUGGUGGUUUAUCCAAGGCCUGACUUUCAUUUUGCUAUGUUUGAUGUGAAAAACUUUGAUGUGUCUGUUUUUGUAUCCUGUGUGUGCGCACUAGUACUGUAUAUAUAUGUGAUGUCAUGUAUGUUCGUUGAUUUUGGC